GUGUAUAUGAGGUGUGGGUUGUCGAGAGAAAUAUAUUGUAAUCCAUCUUAUUUGGAGGCGGAGUUUAACAUGAAUAGAUUAAUGGAACUUAUUCCACAUGUUUACUGCGUGUGGAAAGUGAACUGAUAGUCUGAGACUAAUGUAAAAUAGAAUAUCGCUGGACUGAUGCUGUGAGAGUGUCGAUGAAAGUGAACAAGCCCGUGUGAGGCAGACCGAGCACGUUUAUCAGGGUAAAAAACUUAGUCGAUAACAAUAGGGACUGGAGAAGGCAUGGGAGAGUGAUCGAGGAGGAGACUUUUGAGGAGGAGACUCAGGAGAAGAUCAGCAGUGGGAGAACGGGGAAGUUGGAGAAUAGUCAGCUGGAGACCAGAAGGAAGGAUAUGGAGAUGAUAUGUAAGGUGGAGCGAGAGGAGGAGGAUUGAUGCAGCUGUGCGAAGCCCAUCAGAAUCUUGGUUAUUAGUUUGUGUCUCCAGGUGGAAUUCAGCAGGGAGGUCAGGCGAGGUCAUGUGUAAAAGUGAAUCGUGUAACCUCGGCUGCUAUCUAGCCGAGUUUAAACUGGCGGCUGUCUUCGAAGAGAGCUGGUCCGGAACGUUUGCAAGAAGAAGCUAAAUGAAAAACAGAUAAAGAGAAACAUUCCUACGUAAUGGGGGUUCACGGCCUGACGAGUUACAUUGAUGGAAACCAGCAGUUCUUCACUGAUCUGAAGCUGAGGAACUCCCACCUGGUGAUCGAUGGCUGCAGUCUGUAUUUCCGUUUGUACUUUACCAGCGGCUUGGACCAGGCUCGUGGCGGAGACUAUGAUGCGUUUGCUUUGUUGGUGCGCCGGUUCUUCUCGGCACUGUCUUCAUGCGGCAUCAGUGCGUUCGUGGUUUUAGACGGAGGAAUGGACGAGAGCGAUAAGAAGUUCAAAACUCUGCGUGAGCGAGCUCAGAGUAAAAUCAACGAAGCCCACUCGCUGUCUCUGGGGUAUCACGGGAGUGUCCUGCCUCUGCUUACACGUGAGGUCUUCAGGCAGGUCCUGUGCGAGCUCGGGGUUCCUCUGGUGCAGUGUAUCUCCGAAGCAGACUUUGAGAUCGCCUCUUUAGCGCACCACUGGAGCUGUCCAGUUCUGACCAGCGACAGCGACUUUUACAUUUUUGAUUUGUGCGCUGGCUACCUGCCAAUGACCUUCUUUGAGUGGGAGAACGUCUGUGGAAUGGCGUCUCAGCGGUACAUUCCUGCCCGUCGAUUCACCGUCAACCGCUUCUGCUCGCACUUCAACCACAUGAACAAGCAGCUGCUCCCUCUGUUCGCUGUCAUCACUGGCAAUGACUACACACAAGCAAAAACCACUGAGAUGUUCUUCAGCAGGGUGGACUUGCCAAUGGUCCCGAGACGGAGGGGAAGUCCAUCAAACCCCCGCAUUGAAGGGUUCUUGCGCUGGCUUUCGGCAUUCAGGAGCCCCGUGGAGGCGCUGGAGGAGGUCUUGGAGAUCCUUGGAAGCAAGCAGAAAGCCAGUCUCCGAAAGCAACUCACAGCAGGUAUUAAGGACUAUCAGCUUCCACAGACCAGCAGCCUAGCCCAGUUCUUCUCAAACCCUCAACUACGUACGCGUGAUUUCCUCAGGCUUCCAGCAGCAUUGAUGCCGCAGCCAGACUGGCUUUUGAAGCAGAUCACCUCCGGAAGUCUGCCUCCUCUAGUGCUGGAUGUUUUGGUUCUCCGGAGAGCCUUUCUGAUAGCUCAGGUAGAAAACAGUCGUCUGCCAAGUAGUCAUGAAGCCUCACUAAACAUUCGCAAAACAAUCUAUGGCUUGCUCCUGCAAACUGGUAGAGGGGUGUCUGAACAGGCUAGGAGUUCGAACGCACAGUGCUUCGUGGAGGAGUAUGACAGGCUUGUACUCAAUCUCAGGAGAACCCCAGUGGAGGUCCAACUGCCAGCAGUUGGUCACCCACAGCUGAGCCUGAACACUUUAGACCAGGCGGCUGAAAAUGUGAGACGCGAGGUCUUGUUACGAACCAUGGGAGUGAUGGACCAUGUGCUGCAGCUCGUCGAGCCUCAUCUCCACCUGCCGGUGUGUGUGACACAUUUCUGGAUGUGUUCCUCGACCCCAAAGCCCAGCCCCUCGCUGCUCCAGGGGGUGUUGCUGGGGGUCGUGUACGGUGAGCUCUGCAGACGCCUAGCCUCACCUGGAGAUCCACUGCACACGUGUCCUUCAACCACUCUCGUCUGCCAGAGGUUAGACCAACUGAGAAGUAGCUCCAGUCAGAGGCGGAGCAUAGAUCUGCGCGUGGCUCAUUCUCUCAGCCAGUGGCAGUCCUGUCUGUGGGCCGGGGUUUACCUUAACCAGCUGCUGCGUUUCCCCCUCCACGAGCCUCGCUGUCCCUGGCUGUUCAGCGGUACUCUUCUGCAUGGAUUGGAGAGUGUACUGAAAGGAGGUCAUCAGGCCGAGUCCUUAUUGGCUGGAGCUCCGGUGGCAAUGCAGCUCUACUCCACAAUGCUUGGGGCAGUACAGGGUUUUGGGCUCCGGGACCAGGCUGCACACCAUAGCGCAGUGCAGAGAGGGCGGGGCAGGAGGCAGCGUGGUACCCCUGGUCGAGGAAGGCGCAGUGGACGGAGAGGUGGCGUGUCCCCUGCUGGAGAUUUAAGUAACAGGUUUUGGCAGCUAAACUGCGAAUCUGACGACUGAUGAGACCGAGGAGAAGGAAGGAGGAUUCAGAGACUUGUGUUUUUAUUAUAAUGGCUGAAAAUCGUUAAAGGAAAAAGGAUUAUAUAUUUAGAUGUCUGUUAUUUCCGAGGCCCUGAUCUGAUUGGGCGAGAGGUUCAGUAGAUUAGCACUGCAAAACUGUGUCAUAGUGUAUGACUAAUUUCGUUACAUUAUAAUUACUAUUACACCCAAAGCGUUACUAUGGUAACUACAGGUGCUCAGAUGUUACCGUUAACGUCCACAUGUCUACUCUCCUCCGUUAGAUUUUGGGUCGUGGAUGUGUGACUAGUGAUCACUCUCACAUAUUAGUGAGAUCCAAUACUGAUGUGUAAGAAGUCUUCAUCUCAAAGCUGUUCCUUGGGUUUGAGGAGGUCUGGACUCUGUGCAGGACACUCGAGUUCUUUUACUCCAAACUUGACACCCUCACUUUGUGUGUAGGAGCAUGGUCACGAAGCAGGAUUUUGGAAGUUCUAACAAUAGGAUUAGGUUUGAACACUUGGAACACUUAGGUUUCUUGGAGGGUGUAGGUUAAGCCGAAAUCCUGACUUGUGGAGAUUUGGGAGCGUGAGAAGAUCAGUGGGACGUGUGUAACCCUGUGGACCUGAGGAUCCAAUCAUGUUGUUUCUGAAACUUUUGAUUUUUAUUAAUUAAUGUGAAAAAUCUUGAUCACUUAAAAAAAAAAAAAAAAAAAGCCUGUUAAAAAAAGAAAAUGAGUCUAAACCCUCUCUCUCUCACAGCUGGAUCUGUAGGUCCACCAGCUUCUGGGAAGACAAGUUCUCUGAGUGUUCUCAUGUGGAGCUCAGACAUAAAGCAGGACAUGAGAGCGAGACUUCCCAAUGAAUUCAUUCCAGUUCUUUUAUUCAGAUUAUAUAAAGAUCACGCAUCGGCUUUUUAUAGACUUUCGAUCAGUGCCUUCAGCAUUCAGCAGCUCUGAGAAAAAAAAUCUUCAUGAGGUUUAAUAAUAUGCUCAAAUCUUUUUUUUUUUUAAAGCUUUUAGCACUUUUAAAACUCUGCACUAAUUUUGUAUAACGUUAUUUUUACUCGUAUAGAAUGAAUGUAAAAUGAUUUGUGUAUCUUAUUAUCAUGUGGGCAAAGAAAACGCUUCGCUCUGAAGUUCGUCGCAAAAAAAAACAAUAACAAUGAGCCUUUUGAAUCCGUUUAUUCUUUGUGCGAGCUUCGAACGACGGAAAGCGAUUGUGACUAAUUGAGACGCUCGAUAAACUGCGUCGUUUAACGCCAUGUUUACUCAAUUCUGUAAUGAAAUCAUUUUCUGUUCAAUAAUGGAAACACACUUUUGACCAAAUAUCUCGUUUGUACGUAAAAUAAAGCUUUUUAUCCGAAACAAA